GGGGAGUGACCAUCUGAUGGAGGAGACCCCAGCACCUGCCAAAGGACCUCUAGUCCACAGAGGUUUCCUCCUGGAGCCACCAGUCUCAGGGAAGAGGCCUCGGUGGGACGCCCCAGUCUGAUGGGGGAGGCAGAGCUCACAAGGGAAGCAUUUGAGCCGCCAUGGAGGUGAUGAACCUGAUCGAACAGCCCAUCAAGGUGACCGAGUGGCAGCAAACCUACACCUACGACUCGGGCAUCCACUCGGGCGCCAACACCUGCGUGCCCUCCGUCUGCAGCAAGGGCAUCAUGGACGAGGACGAGGCCUGCGGGCGCCAGUACACAGUCAAGAAGACCACGACAUACACCCAGGGGGUGCCCCAGAGCCAAGGUGACCUGGAGUACCAGAUGUCCACCACAGCCAGAGCCAAGCGUGUGCGAGAAGCCAUGUGCCCCGGCGUGAGCGGCGAGGACAGCUCACUGCUGCUGACCACGCAGGUGGAUGGGCAGAGCACCAACCUGCAGCGGCUGGCAGAGCCGUCCCAGCUGCUUAAGUCGGCCAUUGUGCACCUCAUCAACUACCAGGACGACGCCGAGCUGGCCACGCGCGCCCUGCCCGAGCUCACCAAGCUGCUCAAUGAUGAGGACCCGGUGGUGGUGACCAAGGCGGCCAUGAUUGUGAACCAGCUGUCCAAGAAGGAGGCAUCACGGCGCGCCCUGAUGGGCUCCCCGCAGCUGGUGGCCGCCGUGGUGCGCACCAUGCAGAACACCAGCGACCUGGACACGGCCCGUUGCACCACCAGCAUCCUGCACAACCUGUCGCACCACCGUGAGGGGCUGCUGGCCAUCUUCAAGUCGGGCGGCAUCCCCGCGCUGGUCCGCAUGCUCAGCUCCCCCGUGGAGUCAGUCCUGUUCUAUGCCAUCACUACGCUGCACAACCUGCUGCUGUACCAGGAGGGUGCCAAGAUGGCCGUGCGUCUGGCCGACGGGCUGCAGAAGAUGGUGCCCCUGCUCAACAAGAACAACCCCAAGUUCCUGGCCAUCACCACCGACUGCCUGCAGCUCCUGGCCUACGGCAACCAGGAGAGCAAGCUCAUCAUCCUGGCCAACGGCGGCCCCCAGGCGCUGGUGCAGAUCAUGCGCAACUACAGCUAUGAGAAGCUGCUCUGGACCACCAGCCGCGUGCUCAAGGUGCUGUCGGUGUGUCCCAGCAAUAAGCCUGCCAUCGUGGAGGCUGGCGGGAUGCAGGCGCUGGGCAAACAUCUGACGAGCAACAGCCCCCGCCUGGUGCAGAACUGCCUGUGGACACUGCGCAACCUCUCAGACGUGGCCACCAAACAGGAGGGUCUGGAGAGCGUGCUGAAGAUUCUGGUGAACCAGCUGAGCGUGGACGACGUCAACGUGCUCACCUGCGCCACGGGCACGCUGUCCAACCUGACGUGCAACAACAGCAAGAACAAGACGCUGGUGACGCAGAACAGCGGCGUGGAGGCGCUCAUCCAUGCCAUCAUGCGGGCCGGCGACAAGGACGACAUCACCGAGCCCGCCGUCUGUGCUCUGCGCCACCUCACCAGCCGCCACCCGGAGGCUGAGAUGGCCCAGAACUCCGUGCGCCUCAACUAUGGCAUCCCGGCCAUCGUCAAGCUGCUCAACCAGCCUGGCCAGUGGCCACUGGUCAAGGCGACCAUUGGCCUGAUCAGGAACCUGGCCCUGUGCCCAGCCAACCAUGCCCCACUGCAAGAGGCUGCGGUCAUCCCCCGCCUGGUCCAGCUGCUGGUCAAGGCCCACCAGGAUGCCCAGCGCCACGUAGCUGCGGGCACACAGCAGCCCUACACGGAUGGAGUGAGGAUGGAGGAGAUCGUGGAGGGCUGCACUGGGGCCUUGCACAUCCUUGCCCGGGACCCCAUGAACCGCAUGGAGAUUUUCCGACUCAACACCAUCCCCCUGUUUGUGCAGCUCCUGUACUCGUCGGUGGAGAACAUCCAGCGCGUGGCGGCCGGGGUGCUGUGUGAGCUGGCACAGGACAAGGAGGCGGCUGAUGCCAUCGAUGCCGAGGGCGCAUCGGCCCCGCUCAUGGAGCUGCUGCACUCGCACAACGAGGGCACGGCCACCUAUGCUGCCGCUGUGCUGUUCCGCGUCUCCGAGGACAAAAACCCGGAUUACCGAAAGCGUGUGUCCGUGGAGCUCACCAACUCACUCUUCAAGCACGACCCGGCUGCCUGGGAGGCUGCUCAGAGCAUGAUCCCCAUCAACGAGCCCUAUGCAGAUGAUAUGGACGCCACCUACCGCCCCAUGUACUCGAGCGACGUGCCCCUGGACCCGCUGGAGAUGCACAUGGACAUGGACGGCGACUACCCCAUCGACACCUACAGUGACGGCCUCAGGCCCCCCUACGCCGGUGGAGACCACAUGCUGACCUAGUUGCUGCCCAGGGCGCUCAGCAGGCCGCUUUCCCUCCCCCCACGACCUCUUUCUUGGGGUGCCCUCUUAUCCCUCCCCCCAAAAUCCUGUUGUGGGCGAGCCAGAGCGGGGCCUGUGGUGGUUGAGCUUCCUCCCGGCAUCCCAGCUCCCAGGGGGACCUGGGGAAUGGGUCUGGCACCUUGGGGAACAGGCCCGUCUGUCCCGCCUCCUUGGAGAGGGUCUCCCAGAGACAGAAGUGCCUGAAUUGGGGAGCAGAGACGCCCCUGCCUAGCCUGCACCUCCAGGGGGGUCCCACUAGGGCCUUGCUUGUGACAGCGGCCUGUCUGCUCCUGCUUCUUUGGUCGUGGGCCCCCGCACCCCACACUCCUCCCACCCCCUGUCCAGGCCACCAAAGCUUUAGACUUGAGGGCUCAUUCAUUAUGUCCUCCACAGACACCCCCCUGGCACCCCCUUGCACUGCCUGGGUCCCUCAAGGCCUUGGUUCUUGCUCUCCAUCUGAUUUUUCUCACUAACCUCCCCUACCUGAUCACUUAUCCUGAACCUCCAAAAUCCAAAGCUUCUCUUGUAAAGUUUAGGGACCAUCGGGAGUGGGGAGGUAGACAGACAGACAGACAGCUGAUCCCCGCCACCAGGACAUUGUCGGCAUCUCAGUGGGAUACAGGGUUGAACUGGGUCCCCUCUCGGGGAGCCCUGGGGACAGCUUGUCAUACCCCCCACCUCACAUCCCCCCAUCCCCACUCCCGCACAGCUGUUCCCUGAGAAGUGCUCUUGGCUGACCCCUCUGGUGUGCGGUGAGGGCUUUGUCUUCCCUCUCCUGUUUCUAACUCCCCUUAACCUCCUGCACAUGGGGGGGGGGGGCUGGGAGUCAGGGGGAAGGGGGAGGGACCCCGCAGAGUUUUAUUAAUAUGCUUUAU